AUGGACACGUCCAGACGCUCCUCGCGGGCAGCUCGCGCGAGCCAAUCUCUACAAUCGUCACAUCACUCCUCCGCCUCCUCGAACUCAUCCGGUCGCGCAGAUAGAGCUACGAGAUCUCACCAGAAGACCGGAUCACCGCGAAAAUCCACUCCCUCGGGCUCAUUGUCCUCAGAACCUCCGGAAGACACAAUCACGACCGCCGCCGUCGAAGACACAAUCCAGACACGCCGAAAGCGCGGUCGAGCCGACGAGCGAGAGAAAUCCUCAAAAGUCCAAGCAGUUCAAGUCGAAACAACGAAUGGCACUGAAGAGGUUGGAGAGGACGAUGAGGCCGUUCGCUGCAUUUGCGGAUUCGACGAAUACCCAGGCCCACCACAACUCGGCGACGAAGACAGCAAACAUGGCGUUAGGGAAGGAAUUGAAGAACCCAUAAUCACUGUCGCAGAUGUGACGGAAGACUUGGCCGGAUUUUUUCUGCAAUGCGACGUUUGCAAGGUCUGGCAGCACGGCGGGUGCGUUGGCAUCAUGAACGAAGACACAAGUCCCGAAGAGUAUUUCUGUGAAGAAUGCCGGAAAGAUCUUCACAAAAUAUUCACAGCUCCUAACGGACAACGCUAUUCACAUUAUCUCCCACUUUACCAAAGUUUAUCGCGAACGACCUCUCGGGCAGCAUCUUUCUCCAAAGAUGGCACACGAUCUCCACGAGGCAGCAAAAGCGGUCGUCCUUCAUCAAGUCUACAGAGUGCGAAGCGGAGAUCGACAAUGAACAGCCGAGAUGCUGCUUAUGACGAGGAGGAACAGUUACGGCGUGCCAUAGAGGCGAGCAAAGGAGAGAAGAGUGGCGAAAGUACUGAUGGGGGAACAAGGCGAGGGAAACGGGGUCGUAGUGAGAGUGAAGAUAAACUAGAUGGGGUCAAGCGGCAACGGACAUCAUCAGUCUCACCUUCACCGUCUGGUGAACCCCAUCAAUUUGCGUCUCAGGCUGAUUCUGAUGACGGCACUGCUGAAAGGCCCACUGUAGGCAAAAAGAUCAGAGGGGCUGCUGCAAGAAACCACAAGGAAAAGGCUGAGAGAGAAGAACGUGAGAGGUCUCGACAAGAGGCUGCAAAUAAGCGGAAAGGGCGGGCAGAACGUCGGAGGAUUGAUGACCCCUCCGAAGAAUUACCACUCGCAACGAGAGUGAUGGUGACCAAAACCACCGAAGAUACCGCCCAACCUCUGGAUCCACCUUCUUCGUCUCAAGUAGCGGCGCCCGACACACCACCGCAAAGCACACCCUCUACAUCUCAUCGAAAAGGCGGUAGACCACCGAACCCCCGCAAGGGCAAACUAGGAAAGAAUCAAUACACGAAAGAUCGGGAUCAACUGGAUGGCGAAGAUCCAUCCCCGAAUAGAUCCCAAUCUCGGGACGUGCCACGAGGCGAUGAUAGCGGGCAAAAUUCAGGAAACAAAGGACCCGGCAAUGAAGGGAGUAAAUCAGGGAAAUCAAAAAGUGCCAGCAAAAUAACAAUGUCCGACAUGAAAAAGAGAGUGGCAGCUAUCCUCGAUUUCAUCACCCGCACACAGUUCGAAAUGGCUGGCGAGUCGAUGUCGCUAGCCAGUGGAGAGGCUCCAGCGAAGAUGAUCCGAAACAUAGCAGAUGGGCUGCCAAUGAUCAAAGUUAACGGCGAUAAGCGUACCGAGGGAUCGAAAGAGGGUGAGGCCAGAGAAGUGACUGCCAAUAAGGAGUUUAAGGAUUUGUCCUGUCUCGAGAUGAUGGAUGUUUUAACAAGGCAGUUGGUUAAAUGGCAAAAGGAGUUUGCAACAUAG